AUGGAUAGCGUGAUGCGGGUGGUUGGCGUGGUUACCUGUUACUGUGACUGGGGCACCUGUAUGCAGGUCAUCUUUGCAGAAGGCGUCAUCACCAUAAUCAUCAUCAUCAUUGAAGUCGUCCUACCAAGAUCUCCGCGCGUUGGCGGAGCCCGAGGCGGCGGUGGUGGAUUGGACAUUUGGCACCCGGGCAGCACGAGCCGGCUCCGAUUACUGAGACAAAAAAGAUUAGCCGGCAUCCUUUUUGUUGGUCCCCUACUGGCGCCUACCAAGGUACCCGAACUUUACCUCAGCUCGUCGACAAUUUUUACUGAGCCAGAACCGAGUCAGCAUACCUCGUCGACCAUCUCGACACCCUCUUCACCGGAAUUGCCGAGAGCUUGCCGUUCCAACUUACCAAGUCCCCGGUGGAGCCUCAGCCUUGAGCUCUCACCUACGGGAAAACCUCGAAAACUGACCCUUGGCGUAGCUGAGAGUGACUCCAAGCCAAACCAUAGUCGUCGCACUCAGUCCUCACAGGACCUAAAGCUAAGACGAGUCAAGAGCCGCCCAUGUGGUCAGAGGCCCUCUGUAGUGCGAAUCAGACGUAAUCAGUCUGAAGGUUGCAUCGCCUGGCAGCCAUGUGCCUCUACAAGAUCCAACAGAAAGGAUGAUGGGACGGUACUGAAUGAUAGUGCUCAGGCUUCCCAAAGCAGCCUGGUUAUAUCAACUACACGCUCAUGUUUGGCGCCGGUCUCAUGUUCAACCGUCACGACAAAGGUUGUUGAGGCCGUGUCAACUGGAACAGUCAUUAAUGAUGCCUUCUCCCUCGGCCGCACGGACGAUGAGGCCGUACCCACAACAAAAACCACCGAAACCAGCCGAAUAGCUCUCCUGACGCUCCGGAGAAAGGCUCUGGUCGACGAAUUGAGCCGACUUCACCUCGAGUUGCUUCACUCGCUUCGAGCAGAAUGGCAAGCGCACUCAUUUGCCAUUCACUCGCCCUCUCUCUCGAUCGAGGAUAACAUAAGUCCGUCAAAUAAUCUUUGUGUACUCGAGUGA